AUGUAUAAGAAGAGGCAUGGUGGCGUUGCCUUCUUCCUACAUGCUGCUGCACAACAGACCAAAUGUCUUCAGGAUAUGGGGGUUCCUUACAAGCUCUUCACAGGUGCCUCAGGCAUCCCUUCUACAGGUGAGGUAUUCAUCAGGGGAGAGAGGCGGUGGCAGAAAAGGUUUCUUGGGGGAGUUUCUGGACAAUCUGAAGACGGAGCUAAACAAGAACAAGGAAAUGAAAGACAACAUCAAGAAGUUCCGGGAGGAGGCCAAAAAACUUGAGGAGUCAGAAGCAUUGAAACAAGCUCGAAGGAAAUAUAAAACAAUUGAGUCUGAAACAGUGAAGACCUCAGAGGUUCUCAAGAAGAAGUUAGGGAACCUCUCAGAGACAGUCAAAGAGGGUAUAGAGGAGGUAAGUCGUACAGAUUUUGGUAAGAAAAUCAAGGAGGGAAUGGAGGAGGCAGCCAGAACAGCUAAAACCUCAGCAGAGAGCGUCUCAAAGAGUGGAGAGAAGUUUGGGAAGACUGGUGCAUUCAAAGCAAUAUCACAGGGCAUGGAGAGUGUAAAGAAAGAGAUAGAUGACCUGGGCCACACUGGACCAUACAGACCUCCGGCCAGACUAAGGAAGAGGAGUGAGUUCUCCUCCAAAGGGGGAGCGGAUGACAACAAAGUCUUCGAAGCCAAUGAGGAAGCUAUGGGUGUGGUGCUCCACAAAGACUCAAAAUGGUAUCAGCAGUGGAAGGACUUCAAAGACAACAAUGUGGUCUUCAACAGGUUCUUUGAAAUGAAGAUGAAGUACGAUGAGAGUGACAACGCUUUCAUCAGAGCAUCUCGCGCUGUCACUGACAAGAUGACUGACCUCAUAGGUGGGCUGUUUUCUAAGACUGAGAUGUCCGAGGUACUAACAGAGAUUUUGAAGGUGGACCCAUCCUUUGACAAAGACUCUUUCCUCAAGCAGUGUGAACGAGAUAUCAUCCCCAAUAUUCUGGAGGCAAUGAUCAGAGGGGAGUUGGAAGUACUAAAGGACUGGUGUUAUGAAGCGACAUACAGCCAGCUGGCACACCCAAUUCAGCAAGCCAAGGCCAUGGGACUUCAGUUCCACUCUAAGAUCCUGGAUAUUGACAAUAUUGAUCUGGCCAUGGGGAAGAUGAUGGACCAGGGUCCCGUGCUGAUUAUUACCUUCCAGGCUCAGUUAGUCAUGGUAAUCCGAAACACCAAAGGAGAAGUGGUGGAGGGUGAUCCUGAAAAAGUGCUCAGGAUGAUGUACGUGUGGGCUCUGUGUCGAGACCAGGAAGAGCUUAACCCAUAUGCUGCCUGGAGACUACUUGACAUCUCUGCCUCUAGCACCGAACAGAUCCUCUAAGACUCUUUGAUACUCACAAAACACACUCACCCAGAGAGAGAACAUACUGUACCCGUCGGGCCCUGGAGCUGGCCAGGAAGAAAGAGUGGGAGUGAAAGGCAUACAGAGAUGAGGGACAGACAAGUGUGGCAUGAGCUCACUUCACUGCAGAAGCAUUGAGGAGUUUUUCUAAAUGCUAGGUUCUUCACAUUCUUUUAUUUAUUUUUUUUACACUUGCUUUUGGUUCAGUCCCCACGGUCCUAAAUUUUUACUUAUUUUUGGUUUUCCUCUGGUUUGCACUAGGGGGCAGUAGACUACCAACAACUCUCAUCUACCAUACUUUCUGCAAAGACUUCAUGUUUGUGAAAUCUGUAUGGUGCAGGACUAACAGCUCUUUUAUCAAAAGCAACAAUCAAAUAUGUGGAAAACGAAAGAGUAGUUUUGCAUCAAUUUCUUCUGAAUCACUGAUUUUCUGCCUCUUUUCUUUGUCCAUCAGUCCCUCAUACUCUCUCUCCUCCCCUCUGAGGCACUAUUAUCUGGUGAUUGGUGGUGUUGUGGCCCAUCAAUGCUCUCCUUGAUCCUUGUUUAUAUGGUAAUCAUCAAAUGUAAUUGUCAAACUGUGAGAAAAUCUAUAUUUAUUAUGAAAAAUAAAGAUGACCCC